AUGAAACAUCACCAAUCGUUGACCACUAAUUUGAUCGUUUUUUGUGAGUUUUGAUGGGAUUUACACGUUGUGAAAUACAUACUUUUGAUAAAAUCAGUUUUAAAAAUCGGGAUUUGACUACAAACUUCUGAAAAUCGUUUAAAAUUCCAGAAGUUUUUUUGGACGUGGGUUCUUAAUUCAGAAAAAAAAACAAAACUAAAAGUUUUUGAUCUAUAGCCGAAUUCUCAUCUUGGGGUUUAAUAAUACCUCGAAAAACUUGAAGUUUAGAAAAUUUUGAUAUUGAACCUUAUUCAACUUCAAAUUUUUCAAGGUUUGCCACGUGUUAUAUUUGUUUUCAUGAAAGAUUCGAGAUGGUUUGACAAAAGUUUCGAUAAAAUUAAGCCACGUGAAUUUGGCGGUGUCAAUACUUUGUUUAGAAUUUAGAACUUAUUGAUCAACAAAUUUAAUUCUGACAAUUGUGAAAAUGAUUUUUUUUAUCUGCCCGAAAAUACUCCACGUGGAAAAUUAUUGCCAUAUGACGAUUCAGAAAAAUUUUCAAUUUUUUGACACCAAAAAUUGCAUAACCUUUUUUUCCAAAAAAAAAAAAACUUGGCAACUUAAAUUUCAAAAAAAAACACUUCUUUUUGCUGGCACCAAAAUACAUCAAAAAUGUUGAAAAAUUCAUGAGAACAGAACUUUUUACGAAUUUCUAUUUUUCUCCUCCUUCUUCUCCUGUGUCAAAAAUGUCUAGGAUUUUACUCAAGCAAAAAAAUGAUUGACUAGGGUACUUAUAUAAUGUUGUGAGAGUGAGAAAACCAUAGAAUUUUUCAGAGAGAGCAAAAAUGUUUUCAUUGUCAGCAAAAAAAAGUUUCCCAGGUUACUGUCGUCUGGGGUGCGAGAAAAAUUGCGAAAAUGUUUGCAGGCAUUGUUCCGUUGCUCCUCAAUUUGUUCUCUUUCAUUCCGUUCUUCUGUUGUGGAUUUUUGUGCAAAAAAUCGGAGAAAAAUGAGGAGGAAUCGGGCUCCAAAAGCAGGAAAAUCAAUUUCAGGUGAGCCAAAACACCGUGUUAUCUUGUUUUCCCGUGGAAAUUUGAGACUUUUUCCCACUUCCAUAUAAAAAUAGGUAUAAAAAUAAUAACAUUUUUUCUCGUCAUCAUAAAUAAAAACAAUAAAAAAAUGAUCUUUGCCUGAAAAUUAAAAAUUAAUCGAAAUGAGCCACAAAAAAACGAAAGAGAAGCCGGAAAAAAAAGCUGGAGCUGAAGAGGAAAAGGAAACCAACCUAAUUUGAAAAUAGGCUUAUAUGUAUGUUGGUUUCAACCACCAAAAAAGGUCAAGAAGAUCGAAAAAUCAGUGUUCAAGUGGGGUAUGACGUGGAAUUUUUGGGGGUCAAAAUAUGUAUUGAUCUUCUGCACUAAAUUUUUGAAAUUCAGAAAUUGACUAUGACGUGGAAAGUUACACAUUUUUUAAUGAGGCAAAUUUCCACGUGGAAAAAAUUGAACAAAAUAAGCCUGAGCCUCAAGCUAACAUUAACCCUUCAACAAAGCCUAAGCCUACAUAAGCCAAAAAGGGUCUCCUGGAUUUUUUGAAGAUCCUGACAAAUUUGAUUGUUCCGCGCCGAAAUUCCAACAACAAUUAACUUCCGGCGCAAAGUUCAAAAAUGUUGUUUUUCAUUUCGAAAAUUGGUUGAACUUUGAUCACAAAUUAACCGGGAGUGCUAAGAAAUUUUUUAAAAAUAUUUUUCAGACGAAAUCCAAGCCUUCAACCUCUUAUCCUUCUUCUCUUCGUGGAUAUUCUGAUGUCAAUUCAAUUGAUCUAUCCAAUUCAUAAUUUUCUAUACGAAGAGUGAGUUAGAUCAAAUUUGCAUAUUUUAUUUAUUUCCAUCCGGAACCAAGAGCUCAUUAAAAAUGAUGCUAUUUUCCUGGAAGAGCAAUUAAAGAGCAUAAUGGCUAGACUUUUAAAUGCGAAUAAAAUAUAUUUUUCAGCGGCUCAUUCACGGACACCUCUUGUAACAUCUAUGGAGCAUUGGAUAUGAUUUUAUCGCUCAGCGAAAUUUUGCUGGCUUGCGUCAUCGCAUUCGAUCGAUAUAUCGUAACGUGUGCUCCAAAAUGGGGUGAGAUUCGAUAGUAUUUUGGAACACAGCUUCCCAGGAAUCUUAGGCUUAGCUCUACGGACUUUGUUUUUUAUUCCAAAAAAGCUUGCAUUUUUUAUUGGAGUGAGGAAAACGGAUCAGCAGAAAAAUAAGGAACUCAUUUUUUGGAGCAAGCAAAAAAUAAGAGUAGGAGGAGAUGGAAAAUCUGACAAGAUGUCAGAUUUUUGAUCUCAAACUUUUAAAGGGAUUUUGAAAAGUUCAAAAAUUUGCAAUCCUGAGUUAUGACGUGGCCACAAAAUUUUAUCGGAGAGAAAGUCGGAGAAACAGUUUUGAAACCAAGACGGGGUUACUGUAGCAAUUCGGAAAUUUAAAUUGAUAGUUUUGCCAUUCAGAAGCUAGACAAAAAUUAAAAUUCCAUUCGAAAUUUCAAAAUCCUGAUCACAGAUCAAGAUUUGAAACCCUAAAAAAAUCUCAAAUGUUUCCAGGAAAAUGGCGAUGUCAUUCCAACUACUUCAAACUAAUCACCUUUGGUUUCCUUGCCGUUCUAAUCUGGUCCUUUGUCCCAAUUCUAGGCUAUGGAAAAUACAGCACUUUCCAUAACAAUCAAUUCUGCUCAAUUGAUUGGCGUCAAGGCAAUAUUGACACAAAUUCCGAAGAGUCUCGAAUAUCAGCUCAUCGAUAUAUCGCAUUUUUAACUGCCACGUGUUUGGUCUUUUUCCUUAUCCCAGUUUGCAUUGCCAGUUCGUUAUAUUAUAGUAUUAUUGAUCAUGUGGAUCGACAAAAUUCAAUGGACAUGUUAAGAGAUGGUCCAGAUGCUGGAAAUAAGGAGGAUACUUGUACAUGGGCUGUUAAGGGACAUGUUGCAAAGAUUGGUUUGGGUUGCCUUUUGGUGUCAGUUGUCCCAUUCUUUGGAUAUUCCGUGGUAUGCCUUAAUCCUAUGCGAUCAGAUUUCAAGAGCAUUUCAUUUAUCGUUGUGCCAGUCAUCUUGAGUAGGAUCAGCACAAUGUUCAACCCAAUAUUCUAUAUCUGGCUAAACCCCGAAAUUGUUCCAAUCAACGAGUUAAUUGCGAAAUGCGCACCAAAACCUAAACCACCACGUCAACUUUAUCACACAAUUAAUUUGAUUGCUGAUGUUCCGGGAAUGUCAUUCCCGAUUUUGACACCAACUAUUCCGCGGAGACAACUUCCCAAGAUUCCGCCACAUUUGCUAUCGCCAUCGCAUCCGAGUCUAUGCGAUUUUAAUAAUGAUUUUGAUGAUCCGAAGGAGUUCACACCCAUGUUAUAG